AAUGUCAAUUAUCAGAUACCUGUUGCAUUUAAGCGUCAAUUUAUUAAACUCUUCAUGUUUUCCAGCCAUAAACAUUUAAAACGCAAAACACCGGAAGGCGGUAUUGAUAGGCGUGCUUUUAUUGGGCAUCUGGUUGACGAGUAUUACACAUCAACCAACGUUGAGGCCUUAGAACAAGUCACCGCUAAUUUGGCCAAUUUUGCCUACGAUCCCAUUAAUUGGCCACAUUUGCAUGCCGCCGAUGCAUUAGAUGUCUUUGUAGCAUCCUUGGACACCCAAAACCCAAAUUUGCAGUUGCACGCAGUGGCGGCAUUGUGUAAUUUCUGCUUAGAUACACAAGCUGCUCGCUUUAUACUAGAAAAUAUCGCUAUAAUCAGAAGCUUAUUUCUACGAACAGAGCACACGGAAAUUGUACUGCAUUCCUUGGCACUUCACUAUCAACUACUCAGUGCUGAAUUGACCACAAAACAAGAGCUCAUUACUCCAGACUUGCUGCAGCGCGUGCAGCAUUGGCGUCAGGAAUCAAAAGACGCCCGCAUUCUGAGCAGUCAAGCGAAACUGCAGAAGGUCGAAGUGAUAAAACGCUUUACGCAGCAGGAUCUUGAGACAUUUUCUCAAUUUACCGGUGACUUUAACCACAUUCACACCACCCAGUUGCCGGUGUCGGAACGUCGAGUGCACGGCGCUUUAUUAAACGCUGUAGUAGCUGGAAUAAUUGGCACAAAGCUUCCGGGACCUGGAACUGUUGUGCUGGAACAGCAUUUCAAAUUCCUCAAACCUUGCCGCCUUGAAACGGACACCGUGAUUACAGUGCGCCUACUGAAGGCUCGCAAGAUAUCCAGCGUGGAGUACGAGUGUCGACAACACGAUGAUGUUGUGUUUGCAGGCACUGCCAAAUUAUUAACGAAAAUAUAGUUACGUUUAUAUU